AUGAAGAGUUCUCUGCUUUAUCUAACGGUAGGUCCUUUAUAGCUGUAAGCUAAUUGAAAAUCCUUGUGGAUAUUAAUUUUUAUCAAGUUCUUGGCGGAUACCUUCAGCAAAAUGGACGGUUUUUUCAAAACAUUGCAAUUUGAUUCUCUAUAUAACUAACAUGCCACAGCUGCAAAAAGUAUGCGAUGGCAGAGCAGCGCCAUAAACACAGCAAGUUGCACCUCUUCGGUAACGCUGUUAGAUGCAUAACUCUGAGAUUCCUAAAAAGUUAGUGAUAUAAACGUAUUUAUAUAUAUAAACGUAUUGUGAUGCAAACGCUUCGAACAAUCAUUACGAACAUUUUCUUCUGCUAAAUCAAUUGCGGCGAUAUGUUUGUUAAAGAAUAAACUUCUUCGUAUAUUCAACUGAUGAUCAGUUUUGCAAAUAUAAUAUUUUCAUAAAAGACAUUUCACCUUUGCAAACCUAACGUGUAUAUUUUGUAGUGCUAGGAAUAUCUGUUUCUACCGAUAAAACAAGACAACAAAUCAAAACUAUAUCUUGCCGCACUUGUUCAUUGCUUGGGUAGUGAGUUACCAUCUCACAGUCCAAACAAAUUAAAAUGCAAGAUGCCCGCAUAACUGAAACCUUAUGGGUCCUUUACUCACUCUUCGAUAUUUCCAACUGCCCCAGGGUCUUUAUCGUGUAAACAUUGUUAUCAAACAACACAUGGGAAUGCCUUACAUAUCUGACAAAGUUUUGUAGUUGUGCACGCCACGCAGGUGUUUUUGAGCGGCGACGCUUAAUGAGUUCAAAGCCAAUCUACAACAUUUAGAAAUUUUGUUCAAUUAGGAAACAGUUUUUAGUUCAGGCGUAUACGAAGGAGGCUAUUUCACACUGGAGUACAUCACAAUACGAAGAAAUUAUUUUAAUGUCCUUUAAGGUUAUAAAUUUCUUUUCCCUCUGCUAUCUGCUUAGGCAACAUUUUCAGCUACAUGCAAGAAGUCCAAUAUAUGACCAGUAUAUCCUUAACUAGGGUAAUGACAGAGAAUCAAUUUCAUCUCCCCUCUUCCUUCCUUUAUGGGUAUAACUUUUCUUCCUUUUGCUCUUUAAUCCUGCAACUUUUUUCAGUUACACGCAAGGGGUCCAAUAAAUGACAAAUAAAUCCUCAACUAGGGUACUAACAGAGAAACAUAUUACUACCUUAGGUGCUGUUGAUAUGCAUUACAGAAAUUGAGUCUUUGCCAAACCCUAAAAUGCUGACAGAAAUUGGAAGCUUAGCAGGCUGGGAGGCCAAACAUAACUUUGGAAUUGAAACCCGAGGUAUUUAAAGAUUUAUGAUUUAGUUAAUCGGACCAAAAACUUAAAAAAAAAUUAAGAAUUUAAGAACCGCCCCACUCAAGUUAAUCCAAGUUUGUCGUUGUUUUUUCGCGAGGGAACUUGUUAGUGCUGUGGGUGAAGCAUAUAGACAAGGGUCUGGCAUUAGCGACGGCAACAGUCUCAAAGAAAACCAAUAGCUUAACUUCACAACUCAUCAAUAUCUCAGUUUUCAAGACCAGACGUUAAGUGCUUGAUUAGCUAAAAACUCUUUACCUCGCCCUGAUGAUGAAAUAUGACUCCUGCAAAAGUUGUUAGAACGUCAAACCUCACUGCCACCAGCGACAGUCCUUUUCAAAACUUUUCUCAGCCGCAUGAUCAGAUUAUAUAAUCAACUCUUUAGAGCUUGAAUUAAAAGUAAGUGGGUAAGGUGUGUGCUCGAGCCAGGUGGCCCGCCCAUCCAGCCCGAGCCCAGCCCGGUUUCCAUCGCAUGAAGUGAAUAGCAGCAUUUGUAAUUAGUACUUCUCCCCGAAUGGCAUACCAGUGCAUCGCAAAGUCCCCCCCCCCUUCCCCCUGCAUAUCAUUUCACCAGGCUUUCCUGAAAAGAGGAAGUCAAAAGUACAGCCCUUCAAUUUUUUCCUUCAGUUUGCCUUUAUGUUUGGGUUUUCUUUUCUUGCUUAUUUUUUGAGUAUUGUUUUUUUCUUAUUUGUUGUUUCUUUUUUCCGUGUUGUUGCUUCCGUUGUUCUUCUUGUUCUUGAUUUCAGUCAAAAUUACGACGGCAGUAUUCAUACAGUUUUUCUAUCCUUACUAAAUUAAUAAAAUCAUUCCUUAAGACUAUUUUGUAGUACGAAAGGAUCACGGGCAAAUCCUGCUAGACGCGAAAUAAUCGUGGAGUAAAGCACUUUUUUGUCUCACUCCUAUUUAGGGCCUCGUCUUUCGGUCAGUAGAGGCGCCUGACUAACAAAUUUAAAUCCCUUUUCUGCAAUUGCUAAAAUUGCAGUCCACCCACCAGGAUCAUCUUCUUUCUUGAUCAAAGCUUCCUGGCUAAAAUCAAUCAUUGAUUUGUAUAUUUCUUUUGAUAGCGUCCAAUCUGAUGUGCGCCGCUUGCGUGGAUGAUUCUUGUUCUGAUGAACGCGUGGACAACUGUGCUCCAGGAUUUUCCUGUGUGACUCUAAAUACGGUUGAUAAUCAAAAUCAGCCAGGCCUUCUUAAGUUUUGUUUCACGACAAUUUUUUGCUCUGGAAACACUUUAUGCAAUUUGCAUAACGAUACCUUGGGAGGAAACCUGACAUCUUGUAUGUUAGAAUGUUGCUCUACCAAUUUAUGCAAUGCAGCAGUUACGCCGACCACAAUGACCGAAGGACCGAACACUGCCGAGACAUCAACAACCACAGAGGCUCCGACCACCACCGAGGCACCUACGACCACUGAGGCGCCGACGACGACAGAGGCACCAACGACCACCGAGGCGCCGACGACGACAUCGGCACCAACGACUACCGCCGCACCUACCACACCCGCACCGACAAUGAUUACAAUUACACCAGGUAACUAAAAUCUCUAAGUACAGCUUUUACCCAAACAGGACGUUUAUCAGUUACCUUUCGAGUAAGAAAAUUCAUUUACGUAAGAGAAAGGAAAGAGAGGGCGAGAGCAACCAACAACACAGAUCUAAUUAAAAAAAAAAAAAAAUGGGCAUGAGUUGUUUCUGUUUUCUUAAUUCAUACUUUAAAGUGUGCAUAAGUAACGCGAAGAUCUACAGGGCCACGUACAAAUUUUGCAGAUGCUGAGAAAAUAAUGUUUUGAGUAUAAAGUAAGGAUUUCGUAAUGUCGACGUUAUGCUUUUGAAAAUGUCGCUGAAAUUGCUAUUUAUAGAAUCAUUAACGGAAUUAGUGUCAUUCGACAACGGUCAGUUGAAAGAAAGAAAAAUGGAAAACAGAUACGCGAAAAGGAAAAAGCUUAUCGUGAUUAGGAAUAAUUUUUCAGGCAUGGAGCCACUGAUUAGCAUUCAUAUCAAAACAUCAGAAACGGUGAAAAUCUCUUACAAUUAAAAAUGUCUAUACAUGUUUGUUCACAGGCCAAACUGUAGUCCUUAGAUCGCCUGGUUACCCUGACAGUUAUCCACCUGACACCACCAGAACCUGGGAUCUUGGUACUCUUGGAGAACACCGUUAUCUUAGACUUGAGUUUCGGAGGUUCGACCUUGGAUCAGGGUAAGCGUUUUGUGUGUGUCUAUCAUUAUUAUCAUCAUUAUAAUUUCUUUAUCACAACCAACAGCAUGAAUAUACGCCCGUCAACUGAUGGCUGUUCUUCUUCCAUGAAGCAAUAAUCGACCAUUCGAGUAUGAUAACUUUUCUAUACCCAAUCGGGAUAAAAAUAUGUGGUCUGAAUGGAAAAUUUUGUUUGAAAAACUUACAUCAGUAGAGUGCUAAACAUGGUUUUAUACAAAUAUUUAUUUAUUUAUAAAUUAUAAUUCUUUUGCAGGGAUACCUUAACUUUCGAGCAAGGGGGCCGAGAACUUUUAAGCCUAAAUGGUGAUUCCCGACUUAAGCGGUCCAAAUAUGGGUGUAGCAAGGAUGAUGAUGAUGAUGAUGAUGAUGAUGAUGAUGAUGAUGAUGAUGAUGACGAUGAUGAAGUUGCUGGCCCUAAUUCUCCUUAUGGUUUUUCCCAAUUUGAAAAAAUUGACUUAAAUGAUUUGGAGAAAGCCUAUGACGAAUACUUCUCAUCCAUUUAUCCAAGGGCGCCGAGAAAUAGAUUUGAACACAUUUGUGGAUCUCAAAGUAAUGAACCCAUAAUAGUUACGUUUACUUCCGAUAGCAAUGAUGGCCAGAACGGAGGAUUUUAUCUCAAAGUCACGAAUAAAAAACGUAAGAAUUUAAGGUUUAUUUUUUAA